AUGAGGGGUUUCGGGGUCCGCAAGGGCGAUGUGGGGCGUGUCGACGGGGUUUUGGUCAGGAGAGACUUUUUCUGCCAUCGACAGGGCACAAGACAUGCUAAGCACUAUGAUCGUCCUGAGCGAGUUAGGGAGGAGAGGUUGGAGAGUCGAACCGACUGCAAGGCGAAGUUGAAGAUUUUCUAUGAUGUGCAACGCAGUGUGUGGAAGGUCAGGAGCAUCUUCGAUGAGCACAACCACGAGCUUGCUCCGGCCAUGUUUUCACACCUCGUACCUAGCCAUCGCUCGAUGAGUGAUGGUGACAAAGCACAAGUUGAUAGCAUGAAGCAAUUUGGUAUACCAACUGCGAAGAUAAUGGCUUACAUGGCUGGUCAAUCUGGAGGGUAUGGAAUGCUGCGAUUUACAAAGCGUGAUUUGUAUAAUUAUAUACAUGGUCAAAGGCUGGCCCGAAUCAGUGAUGGCGAUGCUGCAGCAACGAUCAGUUACUUGGAGGGCAAGGCGAAUGCCGACAUGACGACUGUAGCACAUUACACGCGAACUGCCGAUGAUCGGCUGGGGAGCCUUUUCUGGGUCGACGGUGAAAUGAUGACCGACUAUCAGUUAUUUGGUGAUGUUAUGGCCUUUGAUUCGACGUAUCGGUCUAAUAAGUACAAGAAACCGCUUAUGUAA